GCCUCAGCCUCGGGCGGGGCAGGAGCGCGCGUCCCCGCCGGGCGCAGUGCACUGGAGCCUGAGGGACUCCCAGCCCCAGGCGGCCGUGGCCCGGGCGCUGCGGGAGGAGGAGGAAAAGGAAGAGGAAGCGGCAAGGCAGCUCACGCACCUCCAAGCAGCUGCGCCCGUGGCCCGGGGCGCUCCAUCAGGGUGGAGAUGUCUGCCCAGAGGUCAGUUUCUAACAGAACAUCUCAGCAGUCUGCAUCUAACUCUGACUACACCUGGGAGUAUGAGUAUUAUGAGAUUGGACCUGUUUCCUUUGAAGGACUGAAGGCUCAUAAAUACUCUAUUGUGAUUGGUUUUUGGGUUGGUCUCGCAGUCUUCGUGAUUUUCAUGUUUUUUGUGCUGACUUUGCUGACGAAGACAGGAGCCCCACACCAAGACAAUGCAGAGCCUUCGGAGAAGAGAUUCAGAAUGAACAGCUUUGUGUCAGACUUUGGGAGGCCGCUGGAGCCAGAUAAGGGCAAUGAGGAGUCCCGGUCUCUGUUUCACUGCUACAUCAACGAGGUGGAGCACCUGGAGAAGGCCAGAGCUGGCCAGCAGACCACGGCCCUGGACAGCGACGUGCAGCUGCGGGAGGUCACCAGAAGCAGCGGGCGGCCAGAGGAGGAGCUGAACAGGCUCAUGAAAUUUGACAUCCCCAACUUUGUGAACACGGACCAGAACUCCUCCUUUGGGGACGACGAUCUUCUGAUUUCAGAACCACCUGUUGUUCUGGAAAAUAAGCCAGUUUCCCAGACCUCACACAGAGACCUGGAUUGAGAAACAUGCUCUGUAAUAUGUCUUCCUGAAGAUGUGUGUGUGUGGGGGUGUUUGUAUAGCAAGAAAUCUUCAUUUACCAAAAUGGCGUGUGUUGAGAGAGAGAGAGAGAGAGAGAGAGAGAGAGAGAGAGAGAGAGAGAGAGAGAGAGAGAGAGGAACUGAGACAAAAAGAAAAAAAGAGAGCCCCUCAGAAGGGAGCUGAUUAAGCUGAGUUUUUAUGCCUUUAAAGACAUAUGAGGCUCUGGGGGGAAUAAAGUAACCUUCUCACCAUCCUUCUUGCCGAGAAAUUUGGCAGUAUACUGGGCAUCAGCUCUCUUGAGUGAGGGUUAUCUUUGUGUUCUACGCUGGCCCUGCCCCGGCCAUUUUCUACCUUUAGCAAUUGCUCUCCUUCUGGGCUGCCGAUCAUUUUCCUGUCAUGUGGGGAGUCUGGAAUAGAUGAUCCCCACCAGCUCCAAUAUUUUGUGACUUUCUGACCGUGCAUGCAGACGAUGCAGGGCUAUCCAUAAAGCCGCUUACACUAGGGCACUGGGUCCUAUUUCUGAGUGUAGGACCCCCUUCCCUGCAAAUGUCUGCACCUGCACUCAGCCCUUCACUGAGCUCAGCUUUGCUUUCAUCGGGGCCCAAACGCCCACCAGGAUGUCAGGACACUCGUCUCACACAUCACUGCGGACAACGUUUCUGCCGGCUGUGCCAACACAGCUUUUCUGAGGACCUCUGGCCAUCCAUGCUCAAACCAGGGGACAGCCCUGCCCCUCCUAUCCUAGAAUGAGUAUCAACAGAACUCCAGUCCCCAGAACUGUAGGCAAGGUCAUCACCUGAGUGAGGGAGGCGACGUGUGUGUGUCUCUGUGUUGGUCUGUCCUGUCUGGUCACACAGUGGCUCCCUUGGCCACUGAACAGGUGAAGUGCCACGUACCAUGCAGUCUACUUGGCAAAUGUGUCGGUGAUGGUCCUCUGGCUAGUGUGUGGCUUCGAGUUAAGAUGGUGAAUGGGUUGUAAAUUCCUCACUAAUAGAUAUUCAGGUUGGCCUGGUACCGUGGUCAGCAAACUGAGUCUCGCAAGCCGCAUGCGGCUCUUUGGCCCCUUGAGUGUGGCUCUUCCCCAAAAUACCAUGGCCUGGGUGAGUAUAUUUUGAGGACAUGGUAUUAGAAGAAGUUAAAGUUUAAAAACUGUGGCUCUCAAAAGCAAUUUCCAUCGUUGUAUUAUUGCUAUUUGGCUCUGUGGACCAAUGAGUUUGCUGACCACUGGGCUGGUACAACACGCCCCUGGUAUCAGAAAUAAUUUGGUUUUAUAUUUCCAGGUUCCAUGCAUGGCCAACUGCUAAUCUCUGGGGGACAUAUUCAUUAUGGAUUUGUUCACCACUUGUCUUGCUUAAGUUAAAAAAUAAAUAUGUUUGACUGCACAGGAA